GAUGGAACAAAUUCCAUGUUACACAGUAAAUUUGCUAAAAUUGGCACUUUCAGUGACUAUAUGCCAGUCUUACCCUAAUGAAUGGUAUCUUCAACUCUUUAACUGGUAGCUUGUAAUUAUCCAUGUGUGGUUAUUUAAUAGGCAGAAGCAAUAACAAAGUCAAAAGCAGGCACAGGUUAAAACCAGAAAAUGCAAUAGUCCAGGGAGUUUAACUACAUGUGAGUGAGUAGAAAGGGUAAAAUAAGUAAUGGGUAUCAUAGUUUUCAAAAUAAUCUAGUUAGCAUUGUAUCUGAGUUUGAUACAUUAUUGCAUUGAUAUAACUGCUUUGAGAUUUUAACAAGAUCUACACAAAAUAGUUUUGUAUAAUUCAAUCUCAUUUUCUCUCUUACUUUUUUAUACAAACAGGAAAUUCAGUAUUUCACUGAGAGACAGAUAUACUGAUAUGUCUGAUUCUGAUCUUGAUAACCAAGUCAGAGAACUAGUUGGAGGAAACGAUGAGCUUGGGGCAGAAUCAGUAAGAGCACGUCUGGCAGGUCAAGGGAUAAUAGUGCAGCGUCACAGAGUGCGACAAAGUUUGAUCAGGACCAAUCCAGUGGGAGCAGCUCAGAGAGUCACAACACGCAGGCUACACAGAAGAGUCUACAAAGUUGCCGGGCCAAACGCACUAUGGCAUUUGGAUGGCAAUCAUAAGUUAAUCAGGUGGCGAAUUGUAAUACACGGCGGCAUAGACGGCUACAGCAGACUUGUUGUUUUCCUAAAGGCUUCAGACAACAAUCGCAGCAACACAGUUUUUGAGAGCUUUGUAGAUGCUAUUGGCAAACAUGGAAUACCUUCAAGAGUUCGCUGUGAUAAUGGAGGGGAGAACAAUUCCGUCUGUCUAUUUAUGAAUGUGUUCCGAGGCUCAACAAGAGGAAGUGCUCUGAGAGGAAGGAGCACGCACAAUCAAAGGAUUGAAAGAUUGUGGGGUGAUGUUUGGCGGGGCAUCACCAAUACUUAUUAUUCCUUAUUCACGCUCUUGGAGAGUGAGGGUAAAAUUGACACUAACAAUGAAAUGCAUCUCUGGGCAUUACAUUAUGUAUAUAUACCUAGAAUCAACAGGGAUCUCCAACUGUUCAUUAAUCAAUGGAACCACCACAAGCUGAGGACUGAACGACACAUGUCUCCACACCAGAUCUUUAUUCGAGGGUGUCUGUUACAGCCAACUCAAAACCAGACUGGCAUACGUGGAGUUUUUGGAGCAGAUGAGGAACCAGCUCCAGAUACGAAUGCUCCCCCAGUUGCUGAAGUUGAAACCCCACAUCCUCAAACUGUGUUCCACUGGCCAGAAGCUGUUCAGAUCCUUGCCAACCAAUUCAACCUUCAAGAAGGACAAAUAGAACAACUUGUGCAGCUUGUCAAUCCACUUGGUGGAAGACGUGAUGAUUUAGGAACUGAUCUUUUGGAGCAAGCCAUUAGCUUCCUUGAAACUAUUGUCCAUCAGGGAGAGUAAAUUCUUACCAUUUCAACUGGAAAUGGAGUUUUUAUUUUGAGUUACUUGUUUUUUCAUUCAUUUAUAUAGUUACAUAUUCAUUGACGUUCUCAACAUUCCACAACAAUCUAUUAAAAUAUUUACGAUGUGUAUUGAAACCAUUUAAAUGAAGUCAAAACAGAACUAUUAAAACAUGGCACAUUUAUUGACAGUGGAUCACCUUGUUUUACUUUAACCUCUUAAGACCUGGCGUGUCCACAUAUGUGGACAUCACAUUUUUGUUGUUUGCACCUUAAUACUUAAUUUGUGUAACUGCAACCUGUUUUACACAAACCUAGACAAUUUUACACUGCUUUAUGUUCAAAGAAAAACAUUUGAUUCUUAUUUAUUGGUUCUUCCUUACCCCAAAAUUUGAAAUAAAGACAAACCAAAGCUCAGAUCUUAGGAGGUUAAUGAUUACCUUAAAUUUGUAAAUUGAGGUUGUGCAAUAUUGAAACGAAAAUAAUAAAGAGAUUUGUUUUUUACAUUCA